AUUGUCAAUUGCCUCUGUUGUCAAUUCUUUCGGCAAAACAAUAGGAAUUCGCUGCUUUUGAGGCAUACACGAAAUUAUUUAUUCAAUAACAUUGAAUUCCUAGCGUAUUUAUUAAAAUGAUUUCAAGCUGCGCAACAAAAUCAGUUAAUUUACUACGUGGUGGCAUGCGCGCUAUUGCCACUAGUGCGGUCCAACGUAGUGAUCAUCUUUUCGUACAUCGUGAUACACCAGAGGAUAACCCAAACAUUAAGUUCGAGUUCACGCCAGAGAACAAGAAACGCGUUGAAGCUAUCAUCAGCAUAUACCCGGAGGGUUACAAGCGUGCAGCAAUGAUCCCACUACUCGACUUGGCUCAACGUCAAUAUGGUUGGCUGCCAAUCUCUGCUAUGCAAAAGGUUGCUGAAAUUCUGGAAGUAUCGCAUAUGCGAGUAUAUGAAGUUGCCACUUUCUACACAAUGUUUUUACGCAAACCAACUGGCAAAUAUCAUAUUCAAGUAUGCACAACUACACCAUGCUGGCUGCGUGGUUCCGAUGAAAUUAUGGAAUGUUGCAAGAAAACAUUGGGCGUCGAGGUAGGCGAGAAGACUAAAGAUGGCCUGUUUACAAUUUCCGAAGUUGAAUGCUUAGGUGCAUGUGUUAAUGCUCCAAUGGUGGCAAUUAAUGAUGACUAUUAUGAGGAUUUAACAGCUAAGGAUAUGCAGCAAAUUUUAGCAGAUUUUAAGGCGGGCAAGCCUUCACCACCGGGACCACGAAACGGCCGUUUCGCUAGCGAACCCGCUGGUGAGCCCAGCUCACUAACUGAAGAGCCCAAAGGGCCUGGAUUCGGUUUGCAGCCAGCACUUUCUUAAAUCUGCAUGGCAGUGUGUCUGUUUAAUCUUACGAUAAAUUCAUAUAAUUUUUUUUUGAAAAAAGCUUGAACGAAAUAUAGCAAAUUUUCAUUUAAAUAUUGAAAUAUAUUGUUAACAUAUUCUAGGUAGAAUUGUCGUGGUAAGAUCCGUAGUUCAACCACGAUCAACUCUCUCUGCGAUUGCAAAUAUCACCGCAAUAUUCAAAACGAUUAUUUGAUUUGAAUAUGUCUAAACAUUGUCGAAGUUGGCUUUUUUUGAUGAUAUCAAAUUUAUCCAUUAAUAAAAACAAAUGUCAAUAAGCCGAUCAGGUUUUUUAACUUA